AUGCACUCUCCCUCCUUCCGGUGCCAGCCCGCUGCUCCCGCCAAGCCCGUCACUGGCGCAGCUUUCGCUGUGGCCCGACCGCCCGAGUCAAGGCUGGAGAAAAAGUCGCCGCGGGACCAGCCGGCGCCGGUGACUUGUGCCAAUCCAGAUGACAAAUCCUUGGCCGAACCGAUCCUCCCAACAGCGCCGUUUCAUCCCGAGCCCACUCGUUCCUGGCUUCAAGAGACUGCAGAUUUCCACAUACGGCGCCUUUGGUCCCAGACACAUUCGUUCAACCUUGCAGAAAUGACCGCCGACGCCGGCACGCCGUCCGGCGCAUCCUCGACCGCCCCCGGCCCCAGCUCCGGUCUUCCUCCGGGAGUUGUGCUCGGCAAGGACGGCAAGCCAUGCCGCACCUGCUCGUCAGGCUCCGCCUUCAAGUCCUUCGCCUCGACGCUCAAGCCGGCCAGCGGUAGCAGUCGUGCAUCCACGGCUACGACCGGCGGCGCCCUAGCAGCAGCCGCCGCCGCCGCCGCGACCGCAACCCCCGCCCCGGCCGAGAACGACUGCCCGCCCGACGUGGAGCAGCUGGGCCGCAGCACGUGGACGCUGCUGCACUCGAUCGCGGCGACGUACCCGACGACGCCGUCGGCGCGCGAGCAGGCGGACCUGCAGACCUUCAUGGGUCUGUUCGCGCGCCUGUACCCGUGCUGGGUCUGCGCCGAGGACUUCCAGGCCUACAUGCGCGAGCGCGAGGCCGUGCGCGUCGCCUCGCGCGACGAGUUCGGCACCUGGCUGUGCCGCGCCCACAACGCCGUCAACGCCAAGCUUGGCAAGCCCGCCUUUGACUGCGCCCGCUGGGAGGAGCGCUGGCGCACCGGCUGGAAGGACGGCCGCUGCGAUUAG